CGCUAUUCGACAUAGACUAAUUCAAAAUGGCUGCCGAAGGCGCGGGAGAGAAGAUGCAGCAGAUCCCUAUCAAUCAACUGUCAAUACAACAGUUAGAUCAAAUUAAAAAAGAUAUUGACCAAGAAAUUGGCAUUUUAACAGAAUCUGUCAAUCAACUCAAGAUAGCCCAACAGAAAUUUAGUGAUUCAUUGGAUAAUUUAGGUCGUGUGACUGUUGAUAAGAAAGGCAAAGAAUUGAUGGUUCCAAUGACAUCUUCUAUGUAUGUACCAGGAUUUUUGGAUGACACGAGUACUGUAAUGGUAGAUAUCGGUACUGGUUAUUAUGUCGAAAAAUCUGUUGAAGAUGGAAAGAAAUAUUUUAGGAGAAAGAUAGAAUUUGUUGGUAAGCAAGUUGAAAAAAUCCAUCCAGCUUUGCUGGAGAAGCAACGUGCACGUAGCGCAUUAAUUGAGGCACUGAGUGCAAAAGUAUCUCAACAAAUGUCUCAACAGCAGCUUAAUUCAAAAGUAGAAGGACUAAAGACAUAAAAACUAUAAGCUACAGUAUAUAUAACUAUAUAUAUUGUAGGCAAUUACCUAGCUAGCUAGCUAUAUAUAUUUUCUAAGUCACUUUAUUUAGGGAAUAUGAAAACCACUAUGCAUGUCUAUGUACAUUUUAUCUUGUAUAAAUGAAAACUGAGCAUGAAAUACCAUUUUUAAGUAA